CCGACUCCCCGAGGACCCCGGCGGCGGCAGGAGCAGCAGGAGGUGACACGAGAGGAGCAGGCGGAGGGCAUCUCUGCCCCCUGGCGGUGUGCCUUCUGGCUUACCGCCCCUGGCAGGGAGAACAUGCUAGCGACGCCCCCAUAGCUGCCAAGUUUUCCCUUUUCUCACGAGGAAACCUAUUCAGCAUAAGGGAAUUUCCCUUAAAAAAGGGAUAACUUGGCAGCUAUGGAUGCCCCUGGACACGAUUGAAUGACUAAACAACAACAACAAAGGAUGCCUGGAUGGUAAAGUCCAGUCAAACGCGACUAUAGGGUUGCGGUGCUCUUGUGUUGUUGCCUGGAUGUCAGAGCCCAAAUAUCAGUCUGCAAGAUGGGAAGAUCAACUCUGCUCUCAACACCAGCAUCAGCCAUGCCUGAAUCUCCCUCCACAAUCAGAAAAGUUAAUGAAGACACUUGCAGAAGCCUCAAGAUCCUUCUCUUAUUCAAGCUGUUAAUCUGCUCUUCCUUUGGCACUUUGAGUCAAGCCGCAGAGAAUCCGACCUAUCAUGUGAGUGGGAUCCUGGGAGGAUCAGUAUUUCUAUCUUUAAAUACACCCUCAGCCAAAAAAGUGGAGAAAAUUGAAUGGGCCUUCCACCCCACAUCUGGUGAUCCAUAUCUGCUUGGUGAGUUCAGGGAUGGAAAACUGGAUCAGUCAAAUCUCAGGAGCUGGUAUGAACAACUGGUGGAAAGUGGUGAUGCCCUCGCAUUGAGGAUCAAGAACUUGGCAAUGGUUGAGGAGACCACGCUGAGGAUCAAGAACCUGACAGUGGAGCAUGCUGGGCUCUAUGAAGCUCGUGCCUGGUUUAAUGUUGCACAGUUCCAAGAACACCACUUCUUCCUCACUGUUUAUGAGCCAGUGCCAAGACCACAGAUACACCAUGAAGUAGAAUCCAAGACUCCAGAAGGCUGCAAUGUGUCCCUACAGUGCCAGGCACCUGCAAAGGAGGAGUUCACUAUCUCCUGGAAAAGAGGCAAUCCCCCCAGGGCCUUAGUAGGAGGUUUGGAUAAGUACUGGCUUUCUGACAAUGGAAGGAAUCUCCACGUCUCCUGGAGAAAAAGCUCUGCUGACUCCACAUUCACUUGCCUGGUCAGCAAUCCUGUGGAUCGAAACCGUGCCUCAUUUGACUUGCUCGAAAUCUGUGCAAGUGGGGGAGGUGCUGAAAGCAACUCAUCACAGAAUCAGACCCUGCAUCAGGUGAGCGGGAUCCUGGGACAAUCCGUCUUGCUUCCUGCCCAUGUCUCAUCAGCAGAAGCAAUGGCCUUCGUUGAGUGGAACUUUCAGUGGAACGGCAUAAGGGAGCAGCUUGCUAAGUUCAGGGAUGGUAAGAUGGAGCGGCCAGAUCCAAACGACAGGUUUGGGCAGAGGGUAGAAAUGGCCAAUGAAUCCACACUGAGGAUCAAAGAUCUGGAGAUGGAGGACAGUGGAAUAUAUGGAGUUCGUGUGCAUUUCGUCAGAGGAGUGUUUCAACAUCAUAAACUCUGCCUCACGGUAUAUGAGCCUGUCCCAGAGCCAAAGAUUAUCCCCCAAGAUGUCUCUAUGGCUCCAGAUGGUUGCAAUGUGACCCUGCAGUGUCAGGUGCCUGCAAAGAGGGGAUUUGAUGUAUCCUGGAAAAGAGGGGACCCCCUCAGGGACUUAGAAGAUGGCUCAGACAGGUACCACCUCGCAGAGAACGGCAGGGAUCUCCACCUGUUCUGGAAGCUCAGCUCUUCAGAGUCCAACUUCACCUGCCUGGUCACCAAUCCAGCCGAACAGAAGAGCGACUCCGUCAGCAUACUGCACAUCUGCCAAACUCACAGUAGAUCAUCCACCUCCGAUCCUCCGCUCUGGCUUGUUGUCGUUGUGCCUCUCCUCGUGAUGGUGGCAGGUUUGGGGUUCUGGCUAUGGAAGAAAAGCAGGAUGGCUCUAUCUGAGAGAGCUGUGGCCUCUGUGAGAGGAGAGGAGGGGUAUGUCAGUCCUGGGCUUCACUACGCAGAAUUCACAAAAGGAUGGAUCCCUUCAGAAGGGGGUGAGAGCCAGGAAGUCAAUAAUCUCUCUGCAACCCCAGAUCAGAAUCCUGAAACAAAUUCUCCAAUUAUCUACACCCAGAUCCAAAUGGAUUACUGAAACUUGGUCAAGCUUCAACUGUAGGGAGAAAAGGUUGCCUGGGCCUUCUUCCCUUGGAACAGAGAGCUUUUGUGGGGUAGAUCUGAAUGGAGAGCUGGCAGUCUAGCGGGCAAAAGGUAGACUGGGAUCUACUGGUGGAUCUCUGGGUGAACAGCAAUGGAUCGAAAAGGAUUUCUCUGACUCCCAGUUGUGUGACGACAACAACUAAAAAGACCCAGUGGACAGCCUGAUGGAGUAGAGGCCCACAGAGAUCAGGAUUUCUAUAGCUUCUCAGCAAGAGCAUUGGGCGACCACUGUCACUCAACCUGACCUACCUCACAGUACUGUUGCAAGAAGAGAUGUUGUUGGCAUCCAUCUGUCUUGAGAGACAAUGGAGUGCAUCUCCGGGGGUGGGGGUGGGGGUUCAAAUCGCUGUGUUAGCAGCACUGAAGAGACUUCUCUGGGCUGCAAGCCUGGGCAAUGCGUAUGGAGGUCCAUAACAAUAAACUCCUUAAAACUAUAGUACCAGGAAAAAAGGUUGAGGGAACAUAGUUGUUAUGGAUCCCUCCUUUCUUAUAAAUGUUAAAAUAAACCUUUCCAAUGCCUCAGUUUGCCUUGUCUGCUUCUUAAGAAAAUACAAAUAUAGAGACAUUAGCACAGGUCUGACUUUGUAUAAGGCAGCUUUCUGAGUUAUGGAGAAAAUGCAAAAGAGGGCAGACUUGGAUCUUAUCCACACUUCUCCUUAAGAUGGAUUGUGAACC